ACUAGAAGACCUUCUAAAAUGACAUAUUCUUCAUAGUGGAAUGAUUAAUAAAUUAUUAUAAAUUACUUGUUAACGAUUUAAUUAAAAUUUGCGCAGUGGCGGAAUGUGCACUUUCUCCACAUGCUAAGAUAAAUGACAUAUUUAAAACUAUUGAGUAAUGGUAUUCUCAGGUUUAGUUUGAAAACUGGUAAUACUCAUAAUGACAAAAGCUAAAGAUUUUAGCUUCUUGGAUAAACCAUUGAAUACUGUUUAUUUUGAUUCUCCAUCACACACUGGUACGUUAUUAUCUGGUUUACAUGAAUUAUGGAAAAAAGGUCAACUCUUGGACAUAACAUUGUUAGCAGAAGGAAUAGCAUUUAAGGCACAUAGAGCAGUUUUAGCAUCAUGUAGUGAUUAUUUUCGAGCCAUGUUUACUGAUGCCAUGCUAGAAGCAAGACAAAGUGAAAUUAGUUUGAAUGGAGUUACAGCAAAUGGAAUUAAAUUAUUAUUAGAUUACGCUUAUACAUCACGAUUAGCAUUAAAUUUAGCUAAUAUACAAGAUGUUUUAUCGGCUGCUAGUCAUGUUCAAGUUGAUGCAGUUGUCGAAGCAUGUUCUAAUUAUUUGCAGUCUCAAUUGGAUUUAGAAAAUUGUGUCGAUAUUGUAACAAUAGCUGAAACUUAUUCACUUGCUCAACUAAGACACAAAGUUUAUAGAUUUAUGAGUGGACAUUUACAAGAAUUUUCUGGUUCUAGUGAAUUUCAGUGCUUAUCAUUACAACAACUUGAACAUUUAUUAGUUUGUGAUUUUCCGGUGGAUUGCCCAGAAAAAGAAGUUCUAAAAAUAGUUUUAAAAUGGUUGAGAAAUAGGGAUCCAAUGGAAGCACAAAAAUAUGCACAAGCAUUGCUUCAGAGAGUACAUUUUUCUGAAAUUCAAAGAUGGGAAUUAGACUCAAUAUUAAAAGACCAAUUUAUAUAUGGUCAUGCAGCAUCAAAAAUGCCUUUAACUGAACAAUUUUUAUGCCGAAUGGUUCUUGCAGAAGCUUAUCGACAGACAAUACCCCAGGUCUCAACCUUAACAGAAGAAAUAAAAGAUAUACCUCUUGUUAAUUCGAGAGGUAUGGAACUAGCUGUGAUAAAAGUGGGAGGUUUUGGGAUUGGUGGGAUUACAAAUGAAAUAACAUAUUUCUUACCUAGCGUUGGAAAAUGGAGACACCUUACCUCAAUACCCCAUGUUGAACAAUGUAAUUUUGGCACUGCAGUUCUAGACAAUAAAUUAUUUGUUGUUGGUGGUUGCUUCAAUCAAUUACUGCAAGAAAAUAUACAUCCUUUUGGAUUCUGUUACAGUCCUAGAUCAAAUAAAUGGACUACAAUGGCGCCCAUGCAAAGGGAAAGAUGUAGAUUUUCUUUGAAUGUAGCUUCAGGGCGAUUAUAUGCUAUAGGGGGAGUUAGUGAAAUGGAUGAUUUGGAAAAUGUUGACGAAGAAGUCAGUGCCUGUGAGAGUUACGAUCCAGUUACUGAUACAUGGUUCAGUUUCAGACCCCUGCCUCAAUUUAGAACUCAGCAUGCUGGUGCUAGUUGGCCUAAAAGUGAUGCUAGUUCUAUUUUCAUAUCAGGAGGAUUGGAAAGAGAUAUGGUCUUGUCGUCUAUGGUUCGAUAUGAUAUAUUUGAAGAUAUUUGGGAAAACAAAGCAUCAAUGUUAACUCCGAGAGCAGAUCAUGUUAUGCUUUUGAUUGGAAAUAACUUAUAUGUCUGUGGUGGUUGGUAUGAAGACACGGAAACUGGAAAUCGUGUAUUAGUCGAUACAAUUGAUUUAUAUGAUGUCAGCACUAAUGUUUGGGAAACCAUCACCAGAGUUCCUACACCUAGAUAUCAUGCCGGAAUUGUUGCAGUAAAUACAAAAAUAUAUUUCAUAGGUGGGUUUCAUAGUGAUGUUAUGUUUGAUAGAGUUACAGCAGCUAUUGAGUGUUAUGAUAUUGAAAGCAAACAAUGGACAACAGCUGAUAAAUAUCCUCAAGAUAUUUGGGAACAUACUUGUGUAACAUUGUAUAUACCAAGAUGUAGGGACGAUAUGGAGGUAAUGAAAGAUAAUCAAGAGCAGUCAUAAUGUUUGUUUGUGUUAAAAUGAAUUAACAUUGCAAAAUUUUGUCUGCACACACAUAUAAAAUUUGGAGUGGAUUAUAUGAUGCCGCAUGGUAUAUAGUCGAUUUAUUAAAUUAUAUAUAUAUAUAUGAUCAGAACAUUAAAUGUUCGAUGAUAUCUGUAAACUUGUAUGCUAUGAAUGGGUAAAAGUUUUUUCUAUUAUUACAAAGUAUAGAUUGGAGAUUAAUAGAUUUUACAAAUUUAUACUCAAAUUUUAUAUUUCAUUCUAUGAUAAUUUUUGUUCAAAAGAUAGCAUUUUUAUUAUUAUUCAAAAUCAUUCCCAUUAUCAAAAUACAAGUAAUCACUAAAUCUUGACAAUUGCUAGGUGAUAAUAGCGAGCAAUGUUAAAUUGAUACAUAACUUAAAUAAAACAUACAUUUAUUCAAUGUAUCAUGCUGCAUCAAAUUAUCACGCUCAUGAUCCAAAGUAUGAACGCUUUCAGACUUACAUAACUGCACAUCUGCAUUUUUAUAUAUAUCCACAUUUUUGUGCAAACACUUUCAAACCGCAUAUACAUAAAUACAAAUAUGUAUAGUAUUGUGCCAUUUUAUAGCACUAUUAUUAAUUUUAAUCUAUAUUUAAUUUCAAAACAAGAUCUUGCAAUUGAGUACUUGCCUUCAUUUAUGA